GUUCACUGCUAGGCCACUUUCUGGGGAACCACAGCGUGCUGGACAUCCUGAGGCAGGAGGGCUACGAGAUUGUCCACAUGGACUCUGAUCAUCAAGAGCCAGCCACAGAGGCAGCAGGUCCAGACCUGCUUGCAGCACCAGAGUCCAGCAAGGAGAAUACAGACUCUAGCACAGGAUCUCCCAUUAGCUGGCCAACCAGUCCAGAGAUGGAGCUGGAGCUCGAGGACCCAGAACCUAUGCCUGGCCUUGGAGGGGAGGAGCUGCCUCACAUGCUGCUCCCUGACAGCUUGAGCCAGCUAGAGGAGUUUGGACGCCAUAAACGGCCACGCAAAGCUCACCGUGGCCACGGGAGACCCCGUCUCUUCAGUGACCUGUGGGUUCGCAUUGGGGAUGGCACCACCCCACCACCAAACGUGAGGAUAAUCAAUGGCUAUGUGACAGUGGAGCCUCCGCUGACCUAUCAAAAGCAUCGCAGGCGGAUGGAGAUCUACGAGAUAGAUCGAGAACCCAGUUCGCCUUCGUCCACUUCACCGAGCCCCAGCUCAGCCCAGCUAGCUCACAGCAAAGUCACGCUGUCUUGUGCUUUAGCGUGGCUUUUAUCACACAUAUUGUUCACCUCCUGACCAAAAGAAAGCAUUACCUCAUGAGAAACAUCGGACAAUACUUCAUCCACACCAGAGCAGUGGAGCGUACCUGAUAAAGCCAAACAAGGAGCGAUCGUCAGGGAGAAACAUCUCAGUCGGGAUAAGACGUCUUAACGUGGGACGACCCGGUCUCCACCAUAGAGCGAGAUCGGCUUCAGGCUGCUGAAAUGCCAAUGUCUUUAAAAACUUGCCAAGUCUCUUAAUGUGUGGAAUAAGCUCUGUGCUGCGUGAGAAGCAAAACGUGGACUAUGUUGAACUGCAGUGGGGUCAAGUCCAAACCUCCUGAAAGUAUUGAGAUAGAAUAACAAACACAGCACAAUGAAGAAUUGUAAAUUUAAAGAGCUGGAGUCUUGUACCUAUAAAACUGUAAUAUUAUGUAGAAAAAUAAGACUGACUUUAAUAAUGAGAAUAGGUCAUACUAACAGUUAUAACUCUGUGAAACAAAAACGAGUUGAAUAAACAAGGUACUGUGUGAGGAAUUUACCUUCACACAGAGAAGCACUCGGAUGCCACUUUGUAAAUUGUGCAUUUUGUUCAUAAAGAAAUAUUGUAUAUUUAUUAUUUCUGGAAGAAAGAGUAUAUUUUCUUGCUUUUUGAAAUAAAACGUAAAUAAAUACAGUCUGUAAACUAA